AUGAGUCUAGCCAGCACCUUCCCCUCCACCGUCUUCAGCGACACAGCCUUGGUCCGGCUGUCACCCACAAAUGCUGGCCACCCCCGGCUACCCCUUCCCCCUUCCAUUCCCAGCCCCUGGUUGAGUCUGUUCCGUUCUGCGCCAUCCCGAAGGCCCUCGGCCGCCCCCGCGGACAGCGGUGUGACAGAAGACGGGCGGGUGGCCAGCGGUGGAAGAUGCUGCCAUUUCUUGAGGAAGCCCACAAGUUUGUCCACAACAAGGGCUGGCCUGCGGCGCCCUCCUCCAACAUCCGGAGCAGCCGCCUUCCCGGGACCUCGCAAACCCGGAGGGGACGCGCAGCGGCGGCGCCCGCCCCUCCACGCGCACCGGGUGGCCUCCAAGCUCAGGUCCCUCCUGACUCUCCAGGUCUCCCUUUCGCCUGCUUUAGUUCCUAACCGACGAAACGGGGCCACAGCCCAGGGGGCCCCUCUCUGCGCCCGUCUCCUUAUCCACAAAAUGGAAGGGGUUCGACCGGAUUGCCUCCCCCUGCCAGCCCCGUACUCUCGGACUGUUAUAACCGGAAGUCCCCCGCCCCCCAGUCACUGUAUGGUCGUAUCUCCUUUAGACAGAAGCAGCCCCCCGGCUGGGAAGGACCUCCGAGUCAGCGGGAGGAGGCAGCCCCCACCCCCACCCCCCUAUCUCGCGUUGGUUUUUCGGUUUCUUCUACCCCCAUACUCAGAUCCAGCCUGGGUGUCUCCCCCGACAGUCUCCCCCGCCCCGCUACGCACUCUCCCGGUGUUCUCAUCCCUCUCUGAGGAGGGAGAGAGGUUCGUGCUUGGCUCAUCAGCCCUUCACUUCUAGGAGUUCUUUUUACUGAGAUCCAGGCAUUAACCCCCUAAGCCCUGAUAAGCCCUAAGCAGAACCGAGCCCUGAAAAAAGCGAAAUAAAGGCAGCGGAAACGGCUCGGGAGGCAGGCAGCGCAGCUCCGCUGCCCUGGGCCCCUCACUCAGGGAGAUCAGGAGGUGUCCGCCUCUGCCCGCGGAGGGGCGCAGACUGACGGAGGUCCUGGCCAGGCUAGGGGACAGCACCGGGACCUGGAACUGACCGCCACCUUUUAUCUGCGAACUCGAAGGGGACGGGCGCGGGGAGCGGGGCUUGCUGGGGUGAUCAGUGCCGCCUCUCCUCAGCGCCCCUUGGUGCCCGACCCGUUGCCAAGUCCCUGUGCCCCUCCUACACUCACUAUUCCUCGUUCUGCCCUGUGGGGUCAAGCGAGCCAGUCUAACCGGGUUCUGCAGGAGAUCAGACUGAGGACAGCUAGCGUGCCCCCCUCUCCUCGUGUCCCAGGGGCUUCUCCAACCUUACGUGCCCAGUCUCUUCAGCCUCCAAGAUGCCUCACACGCACACCCGGUUCUUAGUCCUGGAAGCCAGGCCUCCCUGCGGUGGUCAGUGAGUGAUGGGAGCUUGGUGACCAUACGGAGCUGCCAGCCCGAGAGCCCAGAGAGCAGUGAGGCCUUUGGGAGGCCGUGCUCAAGUUUUAGAGACAUUCCUAGGGAAGUUUGUCUGGGGAAAUAAGGCCUGAAUUCCUAGAGGAGGUGAGGGUUAAAGUGGCCUCUGUGUGUGUGUGUAUGACAGACAGACAAGAGACAGACAGACCCACGCUGGAGCAGACUGGGGACACACAACAUAAAUGCCCAACAGCCCCUACAGGGGACUUCCCCUGCACAGACACCCCUGAGGCAGAAGGGAAUCCAACUGGAUUUGACAGAAAGCAGGCAGGAAGCAGCGAGCUGGCCCCCAGCCCCCUUAGCAGCCCACUCACUUCUCCUACUGUAGUUGGAGCCAGUUAAUUUUGUUCAGAAAAGGACCGUUCUUGAUCCCUGUCCCUGCCUCCAGAUGGCCGGCAUGAGCAGCCUCACCUACUUUGGCAGUGCUGGAGCCGGGCUCAGGGCUUGUGCCUAAUUAGCAGGAGGCAGCGCCAAAGGAGAGCCCACAUCCUGGCUCUUGCCCCUCGGGGCCACCAGCCGGCUCUGAGGUCCUGCUCUGGCCUCUGUUUUCUCAUCGAUCAGAAAGGGGCUUGGCCUCAAUCUGGAGACUUCCCGGUGGAUUCCCUUGUAAAAAGGCAAGCGAUGGAAGUGCUGGGGAAACCCUUCUGGAAGCUUUGGCCUCAUUGGAAAACCUGUCUUCCAGGGGAGUCCAGAGGAGUCAGAGGUCCUCCUAAGGACUCCAGGGAAGGAUGAGAUGAGAAGGUCCUGAAAUGAAGAGCAGCCCAGGAAGUUUUUCUCUCUGUUUUUCUGUCUGUCUCUGUCUCUGUGUCUCUGUGUCUCUGUGU